GGUUACGAGCCGCCCACACGGUCGGCGCGGUCACCUAUGGGCCUGUCCAAAAGCAAAUCCAAACAGAGGAAAGAUGAGGAGCAAAAGAGGACCCCCACCCAUUCAAAUCCCCCCCAUUCAGUUCCAAAGGCUAAGGACAAGACGACGGAGAAGGAGGCCAAGCAGGGAGAGAAGGAGGCCUUGAAUCAGCAUUCCGAUAACCUGUUAGGGUCCGGGUCGACCAAGCAUAGGAAGUCUUCUGCUUCCUACGAAGAGAAAGCCGAUGCAAAACAAAAGCCAAGCAAGAAGAAAAUUGUCAUUCCGCAGAUCAUCAUUACUCGAGCUUCAACGGAGACGCUAGUGAGCUAUGGUCCUCCAUAUGAUGAAGAGCAGAGAACCAUUCGGGAACAAACUGAAUGGGGCCCUUACUAUCGACAUAGGAACCCCAGUACGAUAAUGGCCUAUGAGCCAAGAACCAAAGAAUAA